AUGACAAUCCCUCUCAACUAGUCUCAACCCUCGUUGUUCGCUUUCCUUUCUUCACCAACAAAAAGUCUCAAAAAAUCACCUGAAACACGCCCCCACUUUUCUGCAUUUCUCUCUAUAUCUACAACACUACUCUGUAUCUCUAUCUCUCUUUCAAUACAUGUAACGAUCAGAAUGGGUCUGUGUUUCUCUCGCAAGUCGGUGAAGAGGAAACCCUCCUCCAAACGAAUAUCCAACGGCCAGCCGACAGUCGUGGGCUCCAGCAAUCGGUGGACUCGAAUUAGAUCGACGAAGAAGGACAGGUCCGCAGAGGACUCCAUAAUUCACGAGCGAGCUCUCGCGGCGGCGAUUCUGCUCCAGCAGCAGCUGCAGCAGAACGGUGGCGGCGCCACCGCUGGUUCUGUGCAGUUUGAUCGGUCCGCUUCUUUGCGGUACCCGAAUUCCAACCCCAAGAAGCAGCCGGCGUUGCCUCGGAGUUCGAGUUCUAGGGCACGGUCGCUCACUGAUCCUCUGCUUCAGCCUCACCAGCUUGUUAAUAAGGAUGUAAAACUUGAUGAUUUGGAGACCAAACAUAUUGUCCUGGUCCAUGGAGGUGGUUUUGGUGCCUGGUGUUGGUAUAAAACCAUAGCACUCUUGGAAGAAGCAGGAUUCAGAGUUACUGCUGUAGACUUAACUGGUUCUGGAAUUCAUUCUUUUGAUACAAACAGCAUCACAACUCUUUCACAAUAUGUGAAACCACUUACUGAUUUUCUUGAAAAACUAUCCGAAGGAGAAAAGGUGAUUUUGGUUGGACAUGAUUUUGGUGGUGCAUGUAUAUCAUAUGCAAUGGAGUUGUUUCCAUUGAAAGUUUCAAAAGCUGUAUUUAUUGCUGCUGCGAUGUUGACUAGCGGACAAAGUACCCUUGAUAUGUUCUCCCAAAAGGCAGAUUCAAAUGAUCUGAUGCGACAGGCUCAGAUAUUUCUGUAUGCGAAUGGGAAUGAUCACCCUCCAACUGCUAUUGAUCUGGACAAAUCACUAUUAAGGGACCUGUUAUUCAACCAGAGUCCUGCCAAGGAUGUUGCAUUAGCAUCCGUUUCGAUGAGGUCUAUUCCAUUUUCACCAGUAUUGGAAAAGCUCUCUCUUUCUGACCUGAACCAUGGAUCUGUCAGGAGGUUUUAUAUAGCAACUCCAGAAGAUAAUGCCAUAUCCAUCACGCUACAGGAGACCAUGAUAAAUAGAAGCCCCCCAGAACGUGUUUUUCAUCUUAAAGGUGCUGACCAUUCACCAUUUUUCUCGAAACCACAAGCCCUACACAAGCUACUGGUAGAGAUCUCAAAGAUCCCAUGAAACUAGAGUCCAUUUGCUAGAUGACUUCUGGAAGUCCCUCCAACGUCACUGGGGGAUUCACUGACAUGAUCCCAAAAACUGGCAGAUGCAUGCGGGCAAGCAUAUCAAGCUUCUUAACCGUUGUAGAGAUGCACCUCUUUUGAGUAGUCAGGGACAUGCGCAUAUCAUUCAAAUACUAUCUUGUAGCGGUAACUGAUAGUAUACAAUUCAAAAGUUUUCGUGAUGGCAUGAUUAUCUGUACGGGAGUGAGAAAUUGCCUUCUGGAAGAAGCAAAAAAUUAGUUCAUCUGCAGUUAUAUUCAUUAAGGUAUUGUUGGGUUUAUGUUUUCGUUUUAUAUAAACUUGUUUGUCAUAUGAGCAAGGAAUGUCUACUUGCAUUUUGAAGAUUCCUCUUAUAAGAAUUUGAUUUGGAUAGGAAGAAAAAUAAAUCAUUCAAUGAAAUUUAGUUGCCAUUA